AUUUAUAGAAUAUUGUAACAUAUUUCUAAAACUGCAUUUAGUGACCCCAGGGAUGCUUUACAGAAGGCUCUUAUGAAGUAUGACAAAAUAUUUCAAAAUCUGUCAAUUCAUAACCUAUAAGAGGCCAACCAUAUAAGAUGGCCGAUGUUCUUAGUGACAAAGAAGCUUUUUUAACAACUAAGGAUGUCGAAAUCAGACAUCAUAAUGACAACAGUAGGCACAGCACUACAAUCAAAACAAAAGAUAUUCACCACAAUAAGAAAGAGCAACAAAAAGAACGAGUAAAACAAACGUCAAAUGGUACCUCACCUAGAAAUGGCACCGUUUCAAAUGACCACCAUCAUAAAAAUAGUGCCAUACGGAGUGCCCAGUCUCACAAGAUGAAGAAUCCAAACAAAAAGGGGAAUCUGAAUUCUCUGGGAGCAAGAUCAACUACAAUGAUCGGAAAAACCACACACACCUCAAAGAAUCCAAAAUCAAAAUCUCCACUGACAAUGAAUAAAUCUAAAACAACACUGGGGACUGUGUACCCAUGGCAUAAUAUGAUGGAGCUACCCAAGCCCAUAUUCAAAAAAGAGUACUCCAUACUUUUGGAUAAUCACAGUAUUAACUCUAAUAGCAGAGAGGGUUCGGAAUCUGGGUCAGUUUUCUCUGAUUCAAUUGAGCCUAGGCAGAAGCCACAUAAAAAUAAACCAGGAAUAGCAAAAGUGACAUCUUUUAAACUGAGGGAUGAGGAUGAAGAGGAGG